UUGUAACACAACGCAUUUAUAGGUCGAUACACGUAUACGCUUGUAGCACGUCCUAAUUAUAUAAUUAUAUUAUCUGUCAAACGCAGAAUUAAAAAGAUUCCAUGUGUAUUUAUCCAAUUUGUUUUAUACAGAAAACAUAACCAAUUAAUGCAAUACAUCAAAUGUCAAAAAGACUGUCAACCGUAUUCGAAAAGAAUAUCAUUUGCAAUGGCAUUAAUUUUAUUCUCUUUUCGUCGUAAUAUUUUUACGAUGCGGUCAAUUACACAACAAUUAUUCAUUGAUUCAAGAUUCAUGAAUCAAAAGUUACUGCGUUCAUUUUCCAGUUGCACAACAAACGACAAGAAUAAAAUUGGAAUUAACGGAUUCGGCCGUAUCGGUCGUUUGGUACUUAGGGCCGCAACCCUUAAAAAAGAUACCCACAUUGUCGCCAUCAAUGAUCCCUUCGUUAAUUUAGACUACAUGGUGUAUUUGUUCAAAUAUGACUCUACUCACGGCAGAUUCAAGGGAGAAGUUAAAACCGACGGUGGUUGCCUAGUGGUAAAUGGAAAUAAAAUUGCCGUAUUCAAUGAACGUGACCCAAAAUGUGUUCCAUGGAGCAAAACAGGUGCUCACUAUAUUGUAGAGGCGAGUGGUGCCUUCACUACUAAAGAAAAGGCCUCUGCUCAUUUGGAAGGUGGUGCUAAGAAAAUCAUCAUUACUGCACCAUCUGCUGACGCGCCUAUGAUCGUUGUUGGCGUUAAUUUAGAAACUUACGAUCCUUGUGAAAAGGUCAUCUCCACGGCUUCUUGUACUACCAAUUGCUUGGCUCCUCUUGCUAAGAUUAUUCACGACAACUUCCAAAUUGUCGAGGGUCUUAUGACUACCGUGCAUGCUUACACUGCUACCCAGAAGACUGUUGAUGGAACUUCUGGCAAAUGGCGCUCUGGACGUGGUGCCGCACAAAACAUCAUUCCUGCUAGCACUGGUGCAGCCAAAGCUGUCGGCAAAGUCAUACCGGCUCUUAGUGGAAAACUAACUGGUAUGGCUUUCCGUGUGCCAGUGGCCAAUGUAUCCGUUGUCGAUUUAACUAUUCGACUUGGCAGGCCCGCAAAGUACAAUGACAUUAAGGCUAAAGUGAAGGAAGCGUCCGAAGGACCUUUGAAAGGAAUUCUAGCAUAUACAGAAGAUGAAGUAGUGUCCACUGAUUUUAAUGGUGAUACCCACUCCAGUAUUUUCGAUGCUAAAGCCGGUAUGGCCUUGAACGACAAUUUUGUUAAGUUAAUUGCGUGGUACGAUAACGAAUAUGGUUUUGCCAGCCGUGUGAUCGACAUGAUUAAAUAUAUGCAAAAGAAGGACAAUUAAAUAAAUUUUCGUAUAUCCAUGUUCAUAUAGUUUGUCCGUAUCAUGUGUGUUACAAAUGUAUGUUGUCGAUGUAUGAGGGAUAGAAAAAUAUUUUUAAU